ACAGCUGCAAAUCUGCAAGUCUGAAACAAUGGCGAACUACACUCUGCUUUGUCGCAUUGCCAAAUGUGGAACCCGUUCGUUUCUCUUUCUUCAUGCUACCGGAGGCUGCUUUACUACAAUUAGCACUAAAACACUGCUAAAACCUCUUUUUCAAGCAACAAGAACAUUCGCAAGUGAUACCAACUUUGUUUCCCUUUUUGAUAAAAUGACUGUGGGUAAUCAGAGGAAGUACUACAUGUUGGGUGGGAAAGGAGGUGUUGGAAAGACAAGUUGCGCCGCAUCUCUUGCCGUAAAUAUCCACUUGGAUACACCUCCUCCAGGUUUAGAUGAAGCUAUUGCAAUAUUAAAGGAUCAAAUGCGUGCGAUUGAUAUGAUCCAAAAGGAUCCAGAAUUGGGUAGUUUAGAUGUAACUGAAGCGCCUUUGGUUGAUGUGGAGAUAAGGGGAAUUCCAGCUCUCCAGUUCAUGGGGGAUAUGAGAUGUUCAAAGUUUGAUGAUUCCGCUUUUGAAGGGACACUUUUUCGAUCUGCAAUAAAAUAUCAAUUGGACACCAAUCCAAGUUGGAAAACUAUGAAUUAA